GCCCCUUGUUGGCCGCAGGGGCGACGUUCAAGGGAGCAUUUUGUUCAGGACGGGAGAGUCGUGCCGUUAUGUCGACAAGCUGUGGGUUGUAACAGUUUGUUCUGCCUGUUAAACCGGAUUUAAACGCGAGUGAAAGUUAUAUGUUUUAAACCGUCCUGAUAAAGGAUCUGUUUAGGGUUGCGUUCUUUCGUAUAAUAUCCCGUAUAAACUGUUAAGUUUACCGAAGUGGAAGAGGAUCGUCGGAUCGCAUGUGGAUCCAUGCAGACUCGGUCUGGAUAGUAUUCUGAGGAUUGCAGCUGCAGGCCAUGUACUGAUGGGUACAUACUGUGAGGCGCCACUCCAAGAGAGCCGAAAAUCAUUCAGAAGAGACAGGAACUUUGAAAGAAUGAAGACAAGCUAGAUAGUGUUGUCUCCCAAGAACAACCAACGUUUUCUUGGUAUUGGUAAAUGUAUACUCAUACAACUAUUUGUACAAGCAAAUGUGUACCUGGACUGAACACAUACUUAGAGAAACCUGAAAAGUAACAUUUCUGGUUGAAUCUUCGAAAGCACUUCUGGCACAAAGAGCUCAAUAUGAGUGCUGAAGGAUAUCAGUACAGAGCGCUUUAUGACUACAAGAAGGAGAGGGAGGAGGACAUCAGUCUGCAUGUGGGGGACAUCCUGUUGGUAAGCAAAGGAGCCCUGGUGGCCCUUGGGUACACUGAUGGACUGGAACAGAGGCCAGAUGAGAUUGGCUGGCUGCCAGGCUUCAAUGAAACCACUCAGGAAAAGGGGGACUUCCCUGGGACAUAUGUCGAGUUCAUCGGAAAUAAGUGGAUCUCUCCUCCCACCCCCAAGCCACGGCCCCUCAGACCCCUACCUGAAGCUCCAGGCGUCUUCAGGGUGGGGGGGGACUGCGACUCAGAGCAAGGUCUCUGCCUGCUGGACUUGACGGAGCAGUUUUCUCUCCCAGAGACGAGUCCACCCAUGAUGGCCAGACUCAUCGAAACUAUUGAGAAGAAAGGUGUGGAUAACCCCACUUUAUAUCGAACAUUUACUGCUGGUGGUGGACUUGAAGUGAAACCGUAUUUUGAAUGUGACCCCCCCUCAGCAGACCUGGAUCAGGUGGAGCUUCCCAUCCUGUGUGACGGUCUGCGCAGGUACCUGCAGGACCUCCCCCAGCCCAUCAUCCCCACUGCAAUAUACGCUCAGAUGGUCCUCACUGCCAAAGAGGUGGUGAAUCCUGAGGAAUGUGCUCAGCUGCUACGUCGCAUCGCCAGCGCCCCGACCCUGCCUCCUCAGUACUGGCUAACCUUCCACUGUCUGCUCAGGCAUUUCUCCAGAGUGUGCCAAAACGGGUCCAAGAACCUGCUCAGUGCCAGAGCCCUGGGCGAGAUCUUCAGCCCUGUGCUCUUCAGACAGCAGACCACCAGUUGUGAACCCAGCCUGGAGGCCCACAUCAAGAUCAUUGAGGUUCUGGUGACCAGUGAAUUGAGUGAAAGUCAGGCGGCUCCAGCUCUACCUCCAAAACCACCCAAGCCCACAGCUGUGACUAACAACGGUAUGAACAACAACAUGGCGCUGCAAGACGCCGAAUGGUACUGGGGAGACAUCUCAAGGGAGGAGGUCAACGAGAAGCUGAGGGACACGGCGGACGGUACGUUCCUGGUGCGAGACGCCUCUACGAAGAUGCACGGAGACUACACUCUGACUCUGAGGAAAGGGGGAAACAACAAGCUCAUUAAGAUAUUCCACCGGGAUGGGAAGUACGGCUUCUCGGACCCUCUGACCUUCAGCUCAGUUGUGGAGCUCAUCAACCACUAUCGCAACGAGUCGCUGGCUCAGUACAACCCCAAACUGGACGUCAAGCUUCUGUAUCCAAUCUCCAAACUCCAGCAGGAUCAGGUGGUGAAAGAGGACAACAUUGAGGCCGUGGGGAGGAAGCUCUGCGAGUACCACCAGCAGUACCAGGAGAAGAACAAAGAGUACGACCGUCUGUAUGAAGAAUACACCAGAACAUCACAAGAAAUCCAAAUGAAAAGGACAGCUAUCGAGGCGUUUAAUGAAACCAUCAAGAUCUUCGAGGAGCAAUGCCAAACACAAGAGCGCUACAGCAAGGAGUAUAUUGAGAAAUUCAGGAGAGAAGGAAACGAAAAGGAGAUCCAGAGGAUUAUGGGCAACUACGAGAAGCUGAAGUCCCGGAUUAGUGAGAUCGUAGACAGCAAGCGGAGACUGGAGGAGGACCUGAAGAAACAGGCUGCAGACUACAGGGAGAUCGACAAGAGGAUGAACAGCAUCAAGCCCGACCUCAUCCAGCUGCGCAAGACCAGAGACCAGUACCUCAUGUGGUUGACCCAGAAGGGAGUCAGACAGAAGAAACUCAACGAGUGGCUCGGAAUCAAGAACGAAAACACAGAAGAUCAAUAUUCUAUGGUGGACGAUGAUGAAGACCUUCCUCAUCACGACGAGCGGUCCUGGAAACUGGGCAACAUCAACCGGCUGCAGGCGGAGGCGCUCCUCCAGGGCAAGAGGGACGGAACAUUCCUGGUUCGAGACAGCAGCAAAGCAGGAUGCUACGCCUGCAGCGUUGUUGUGGACGGUGAGGUGAAGCACUGCGUCAUCAACAAGACCCCCUCAGGUUUUGGUUUCGCCGAGCCGUACAACCUCUACGGCUCACUGAAAGAACUCGUACUUCACUACCAGCACACGUCUUUGGUCCAGCACAAUGACUCUCUGAAUGUGACGCUAGCGUACCCCGUUUACACCCAGCAGAGACGGUGA